CUCUCGCCGCUGUCCUGCUUUAUAUACUGAGCGAAGGAGCUGCGAGUGCGCGAGACAUAGGGCAGGUUCAGACAGAAAAUCUCGCGAGAUUUUUGCGGAAUUUGAUGACUAAUCAGGGUGGCUGCUUCUGGGAAAUGUAGUUUUAAAGCGGAAAGCCUGACAUUAAAGUUUACCAGGCUUUUUAAUGCAGCGUGCUCUGCAUUAUUAUUGGUUCAGUUAGUUUAACGCUAAAGAAUACGAUUUCACUGCCAGGAGGAGUAUUUGAUAAUUUGAUAUUGAGUUAUAUAGAAAUAAUUAAUGCUUUUAAAUGUGAGAAUAUUUUGUUAAAUUGAUAAAAUAUGAAUCUUUAAUUGGAUAAUACAGUAUAGAUUUGUUUAGGGUAUUUCUAUUUUAAAUAUCAUUAUUAUUAUUAUUAUUAUUAUUAUUAUUUUCUCCAAGCCUUUUUACUAAUAAAAAUGUUAUUAUCCAAUUAUCCACCGAGUAGAAUGAAAUGCUUUAAGCGCUUGAGCAGUUCUUCGCCCAACAGAAAAGGACAAUCCUCAAUGUCAGACACAAACACUGGGUGUCUCGCAGACAUGCCACCCACCGAAACUCCAAGGAAAGCUACAGACGACAAGGCCAUUGGAUCUGGAGUUAAAGGAUUGAGAUCCACGGCGCAGGGUCUGAGCGUUAAGACACGACCCUGUUCAGCUGCACGCAGCCAAGCAGACACUCUCCCAGAGAGAACGGGACAUGAUGGUGAGGUCCGAACCAGAGUCCAGGAUAGCCCCACAGCCAAGCGAUCCCACAAGGUUCACUGGGAUGUGAGGUUUCUCCUUGGGAGCUUUACGGAUGAUAUCACUGCAGAAAAACUUUAGUGGAGGUUUGUCUGGUAAGUAAGGAUUACCUGACCUGCUAACAGGUGCAUUGGAUGCUCGAGGUUUAGAGCUAACGGAAGCAACCUCACCAAACCUCACAGUUGCCACAGGACACACCGUUGGGGCAUGUUUCAGUUUUGGAGGACUCGUCGUUGCGACUGAGUCAUGUGCAGGUUCAACAGGUGCAGGAGGAUGUGCACUCUGUUCUGCAGAAGAGAGGAGAAGAACUCUGUUAGUCUUUGAUGGGUCUUCAUCCAAGACAUGAAGGGCAUAUUUUAACGCUUCGCGCAUGGUCGCAGGAGGCCUGCUACCGGACUCAGCUCUUGACCUUGAAGCAGCAGGGCUGUGGUCAGCAUGGUCGCAGCACGGCACAGUGGUUACCACAGUGAUCUUAAUCAUAUCUCUUCUUCAGCUUUCUGGAUCGCUCGUUUGGCCGUGAAGACGGUGUUUGACGCUCAAGACAACCUGGUGGCGCCUCCUUAUGACAUCACAUGGGUUAGAGAAGCCAUGGAGGAGAACUUCCAGGUGUUGGAUCUGAUGGGAAUGCUUCCACACCUCUGCAGGAACUUCCAGAAGUCCCACUUUGCUGGCUUCUGUAAGAAGCUGGCUGAAGGUGCGGAGGCUGGGGAUGCUCUCUGCCAGCAUGUGUUCGCUCAGGCUGGCAGAGUUCUGGCUAAACAUGUAGAGUCAGUUUUACCUGCAGCUCAACCGGCGUUAUUAAGGUGUGAGCGCGGCCUGCCAGUCCUGUGUGUGGGCUCCGUGUGGAAGAGCUGGUCUCUCCUGAAGCCGGGGUUCACAGAGGUUCUGGAAAAAGCCGCAUCAUCAGACAAGUUGAAGGACCGUUUCCAUGGCUACAGCCUCCUGACUUUACAGCAGUCCUCUGCUUUGGGCGGAGCUAGCCUUGGGGUUCAGAGUUUAGGUUCCUCCAUCCGUAUGGAUUACUCCACCAACGCUGAUGUCUUCUAUCAGCACACCUUCAACAGCGGAUAGUGACUAAAGCACCAGGCCACUUUAGAAUUACUGGAGCUCAUAACUCUUUCAAUCAUGAAUGAUUUUGCACGUGAUUUGAUCCAAGGUUUCUUUUUAAAGAUUGUUUUAUCUUGGCAGCUUCUUUAACAAGAACUGGUGGGACCUGAAGUUUAUUGUUCAAACUUUUAUGUGAUGUUUUGGCCGUGAAAAUCCUUGGUUUUCACCAGAAUUGGCAAACAUAAUACAUGAACGAAAUAGAGCUUGGAACAAGGCAAGAACAACAGAGUUGACUACUGACUGGUCUGUUUUCAGGCAGCUGAGAAAAAAAUGUACUUCCCUGAUCAAAAAGGCAAAAUCUGAAUAUUUUCUAUCAGUCACCACAGAAAAUCUUAAAGAUCCUCAGAGAUUCUGGAAAGUGAUCAAGUCUUUUGCUGUGGAAAAGAUCUCUCAGGCUCUUCCUACUUUUGUUCUUAGAGAUUCAGUUCCAAUUUAUAACAGACUCGAAAUCUUAAAUUGUUUUAACGAACAUUUUCUUUCGGUGGGUUCCCUGUUUAAUUUUGUCGGAACCCCUUUGAUAAAAUCUGGUAUAAUACCCCAAAAUUUUUCUGGAGCUCCUUUUAACUUUAAACCUUUUACAGUGCAUGAAGUUCACAAAGCUUUAAAAAACAUAGAUCACAGAAAGCCACCUGGACCUGAUUUUAUAGAACCUUAUUUUUUAAAGAUGGCAGCGGAUUAUGUGGCAGAGCCACUUUCAAUUCUUUUUAAUCUUUCAAUUAACUCCAAAGAAAUUCCAUCACAGUGGAAGUCAGCAUAUGUUUUACCAUUAUUAAAAGGAAGAGAUCCAGCAGUUUUGACAAAUUAUAGGCCAAUAUCAAAUUUAAGUGUGCUUUCCAAGAUAAUGGAGUCACUUGUCAGUGUUCAGCUAAAAGAGUUUUUGUCUAUAAAUGACAUCCUCUCGAAAUGUCAAUCGGGUUUUAGAAAAGGGUACAGCACUACUACAGCUGUUAUGAAGGUGGUAAAUGAUAUUAUAGUAGCACUUGAUAGGAAACAGUUUUGUGCCUCACUGUUCAUAGACCUGUCUAAAGCUUUUGAUACCGUUGACCAUGCUAUUUUAAUAAACAGAUUACUAAGC